GAGCAGUUGAACGGCGGCAGCAGCGGUGGCAGCACCUUCGAGACUCGGAAAAAAUCGUGGUAAAACUUUCAGCUGAAAAAUUCAUAAAAAAUAGUUAGUGAGUGCUCAUAAGAAAAUUCGAAAACUGUUGAAAGGCGCGCAUAAAAAGUGAAGAAAAUAUGACAAAAUGAAAGCGAAGUAACUCUAAUGUCUACAAAAAAGGACACGGACUAAAAUAAAAAUCAAAAAUGCACGCCAAACUAUAACGAAAGCAAAACCAAUUACGCGCACAAGCCCAGUGCACCCUGAGGAACAAAAGCUCCUGCCCAACAACAGAAGACCCCAACCAUUCUCCAGGUCACCGUCCGCGCCGGCGAUGCUUUUGGAGUUUCUCAAAUAUGCCACAAGACUGCUGAAGAACAAUAUGACAACAAUUAUACUUGCUACAACAACAGCAACCGCCACAACGCCUACUCUUAAUAUAACAACAAAUUUCACAACAGCAACAACAACAACCAUUUCCAAUAUCAACUCCAGCGCCCUGCCCACACAUAACGGCAUGCUACCCGAACAACCCGCCACAACGCAACCCCCUUUGGAGAUCUUCAACACUACACUUAAAACGCUCUUCAAUAAAACACUCGCUAAUGUGGCGCAGGCUAAUUUAAGCGAUUACACCACACCAUCAACGCUUUCGAAUGGCACCGGUGUUGUCAGCGGCAUGGAGGUUGGCGGUACGUUGGCCGGAGGCGCAGCAACGGUAAUGUCCGCUUUGCCAACCUUACCAGUGUCGCGCUAUGCCAUGGAGGCGACCACGUCAUUGCCAGCACAAACGGUCGCCACAUUCAUGGCGGCGGGGAACAAGAACCGCGCCACAAUAAUUGUCUAUCCCACAGUUUCGCCCGAAUCCAUUGUGAUACCCAUCGUUUCGUGUAUUUUCGGUUUCCCUAUAUUGGCACUGCUUGUCAUCUGUUGCCUGCGUCGUCGCGCGAAAUUGGCACGUGAACGGGAUCGCCGACGAAAUUACGAUAUGCAGGACCAUGCUGUGAGCCUGGUCAGAUUUAGUCCCAUACAUAGGCUUAAUUACCGACCGUCGCGAGCUAUCAGUCUACGUCCUGAACGAAGCCUGAGCCAGGGUUUCACCUCCCUGGAGCUCGAUACCGUAGUGGAGGAACGCAGUGAUGUGGAACAAACGCAAACGGAAAUACUUAAUGCCGAAUCACCCAUGGAGACGACCUCCUCAUACCGAAUGUCCUUUUCAAGCUAACAAUUAGCGGAAAAACAAAAG